AUGGAGAAUCAUAUACCGACAAUUAUUUGGCUCGAUUCAAAUUCAAUCGAUACAGGCAAUAGCUUUCUUUCAAAAUUAAGAAUUCAUCAAUAUGUACAAACAUUUACUGAAGUUCAUCCAUGCCUCUCUUAUAUCAAUUCUCAUUUAGAACAAGCAAUUAUUCUUAUUGCUUCUGAUUCAUUUGCUUCACAAAUCGUACCAUUAAUCUUUGAUUCUCCUAAUGUUCUUAUAACAUUCGUCUUUUAUGCAUCAAUAAAAGCACAUACCGAUUGGACGAUAAAUUAUUAUGAUAAAUUAAUGAUGUUCGAUCAUGAAGAUGAUUUAUUACAGAGAUUAUGGUUACAAGUUGAAGAAUACCUACGUGAACAAGCGAAACAGUAUCUUAAAAAAGCAGAUGAACUCAAGGCACGUGCAAAACAAUUCAAACAAUCGUGUGGUUAA